AUGGAGGCCGUGGUGGCGGCGGAGGACGCGGAACCGGCGGCGGGCGCGGAGCCGGCGGAGGCGGGGACAGAGCCGGCGGUGGUGGCGGAGGCGCUGCGGCUGCUGCGGAUCGAGCCCUCGGCCGCGGGCGACCCCAGCCCGGGGCGGGCGGGCGAUGCAGCGGGUUCGGGCUCGGUGCGUGCGGGGGGGCCGGGCUCGGUGCUCGGUGCGUGCGGCGGGGCCGGGCUCGGUGCUCGGUGCGUGCGGCGGGGCCGGGCUCGGUGCGUGCGGCGGGGCCGGGCUCGGUGCAUGCGGCGGGUUCGGGCUCGGUGCUGGGUGCGUGCGGCGGGGCCGGGCUCGGUGCGUGCGGCGGGUUCGGGCUCGGUGCUCGGUGCGUGCGGCGGGUUCGGGCUCGGUGCUCGGUGCAUGCGGCGGGUUCGGGCUCGGUGCUCGGUGCUCGGUGCGUGCGGCGGGUUCGGGCUCGGUGCUCGGUGCUCGGUGCGUGCGGCGGGUUCGGGCUCGGUGCUCGGUGCGUGCGGCGGGGCCGGGCUCGGUGCUCGGUGCGUGCGGCGGGUUCGGGCUCGGUGCUCGGUGCAUGCGGCGGGUUCGGGCUCGGUGCUCGGUGCAUGCGGCGGGUUCGGGCUCGGUGCUCGGUGCGUGCGGCGGGGCCGGGCUCGGUGCUCGGUGCGUGCGGCGGGUUCGGGCUCGGUGCUCGGUGCGUGCGGCGGGUUCGGGCUCGGUGCUGGGUGCGUGCGGCGGGUUCGGGCUCGGUGCGUGCGGCGGAGGAACGCGCUGCGGAAGCGGCGGCGCUGGCAGCGCGUUCUCGCCGCCCGGCGCGGGAAGCGGCGGAAGGAGCGGCAGCGCCGCCGGGCGCGGCGGCCAGCGGGGGACGGCGACGGGGACGGCCCGGGAGCGGCGCUCGGCAGCGGCCCCGGCGGGCCCGGACCGCCGUCCCUCCGCCGCGGGAGGGUCCCGGCCGCCCUGGCCACGGAGCGGCUGCUGCAGGCGCGGGCGGCGGGGCCGCGGCUCUGCGUGGACCUCGGCGUGGGCGGCGGCAUGAGCGAGAAGGAGAGCGGCCGCCUGGCCUCGCAGAUCCGGCGGCUCUACGGCGCGAACCGCCGCGCCGCCCGGCCCUUCUGGCUGUGCCUGACCGGCUUCGCGGCCGGCACCCCCAUCUACGAGCAGUGCUUCCGCAUGAACGACGGCUUCGAGCGGUACCUGAUGGAUACAACUCCUGAGAGUUACCUGGACCUGUUUCCUUUGGAGGCCAUUGUUUAUCUCACUCCUGACUCUGAGAACGUGCUGCAGGACAUCGACCCGAGCAAGGUGUAUGUGCUGGGAGGGCUGGUGGAUGAGAGCAUUCACAAGCAGCUGACCCUGCGGAGGGCACGGGAGCAGCGCCUGCAGACUGCCCGGCUGCCCAUCCGAGAGUACAUGGUGAGAGCCCCCAACUCCAGGAACUACCACUGCGAGACUCUGGCCAUCAACCAGGUGUUUGAUGUCCUGUGCACCUUCUACGAGACGCGGAGCUGGCCAGCAGCCCUGAGGGCCGGCGUUUCCCCGGGGAAGGGCUACGUGCUCCCGGACACGGCAGAUCAGGUGGAGACAGCCCGGAGCGCCAGUGCUGCCCAAGGAAACGCUUUAUUUCACGGAGAGGAGCUGCACAGGCAGGGAGCGCCAGCGUGACCGUGCGCGGCGGACAGCUGCUUGCAGCAGGACCUCGCUGGAGCAACACCUUCUACCUCAGGACUGCGGUGCUGGACGUCGCCGUGCCCCCCAGCAGGAAGGAAAGCCUGGGAUCCAGUGAAAACUGACAGGAAUUCAGUUCUUUGCAGCUCUUUGUUUGUGACUCCUUCACCUGCGCUUGUUCUGAGGUGGGGAGCAGAGCUUUAGGGUGUUUUCUGCAUUUUAUUGAAACAGAGUAAGGUGCAGUCGGGGUUGCAAAGCUUUUGGGCAAGGGAGAGGCCCUGCCAUGGGACAGGAGAGUGCUGCUCCUGCAGGAGAAGGUGGGAUAGGGAGCAGCUCCCAAGGGCACUGUGGCCCAGCAGCUUAAACCCACGGACACUUGGUGGGUUGUCAAAGCCUUUGGCUAUCUAAUAUAAAAUAAAAGGUUUAGAUCC